AUGUUUUGCUGCUGCUCUGCUGGUGGCCGUACCGAUAAGGUAUCGCCUGGAGAAUCUGUGCAGCAAUCAGCAUCCUCUUCGCUGCACCGAGAAGACUCCGAAGUGUUUGAAAACAAUCGUCACUGUACCGAUUUACUAUUCAUAGCAAUUAAAGCUGCAUUCAUAUUUAUUUUGCUGGUGCUAAUCAUCUACUGCAUGGCAUUCGGUGACAUUUAUCGCAUUAUAAACGGAUACGACGACUGUGCCAACGUGUGUGGCCGUGAAAACAAACCCGAUAAGAAUCUCUCGUGCAAGGGUACGGAUCGAACCGAACAAAAAUAUCUGCUGGUUGAGUCUUCUGGUAUCUCUUCCGAUUUGCAUCGGCAGUGCGUGUCCCGAUGUGAGGAUAUUGAAGGAUACAAACCCUUCCUGAACCGCUGCAUUCGGCGGGAAAACCCAGCCGAAGAUGUCGCAACUCGUACCGGUUUGCGGAACUACUUUCAGGAAGUUUCCGAAGACAUCGAGUCGUGCUACAUGGAGAUGCUUUGGUUGUGCGCCAUAGCUUUUGUGUUCUCCCUACUAACGCUGGUAUUGCUGCGAUUCGUACCGGGAUUGAUAGUUUGGCUGGUUCUACUAGCCGUCGUAGUCGUCUGUACCGUCGGAACCAUCUGGUUGUGGCUGAAAUGGAACUUCGAAAGCGAUCAGUUGUCGAAAGAGGCGGGCGAUGGAGCCAAAAUGAGGAUAAAUAAUUAUCUAUACUAUGCCAUCGCUGCUACCGUCGCUACGAUCCUGGUAUAUCUGGUCAUACUGGUGAUGAGAAAAAGGAUCAAACUGGUUGUGCAGCUUUUUCGCGAAGCGGGAAAAGCUAUUGCCAAUAUGCCGUUUUUGCUGGUGGAACCAAUCCUGACCUUUAUUUCCAUAGCGGUUGUCAUCACAUUGUACGUCUACUUCACCAUGUGGAUCGAAAGUUCCGGAAUGCUGAUGGUGGAGAACAAUCAGAGUGCGAAAUACGUGAAGGACUCGACGAUGCUGUUUACCCGCUGGUACAAUCUGCUAGCUUUCUUCUGGUUCUGUCAGUUUAUAAUCGGUUGUCAGCACAUGGUUAUCGCCGGGGCCGUGGCCUACUGGUUUUUCUCGAGAAAUAGGUCGAAUCUUCGAAAUCCUAUUUUGAAAAGCUUCGGCAACUUGGUUCGCUAUCACAUGGGCACCGUUGCUUGCGGGUCGUUCGUGAUUGCUCUCGUGCAGUUCCUCCGAGCCACGUUGAAAGCAUUGAUGUGCUACGUUCGCCAACAUCAGAACAAGGUCGCGAAUUGCGUAUUCGACUGCUGCCAGUGUUGUCUGAAAUGCUUCGAGCGGUUUUUACAAUAUCUUACCCGAAACGCUUACAUCGUGACUGCCAUACAUGGUGAUUCGUUCUGUCAGGCGGGGAAAAAAGCAUUCAGCAUGCUAUCCAGCAAUGCCCUACGGGUUUUCGCAAUCAAUUCGGUGGGAGAUUUUGUACUGAUUCUGGCGAAAGUAUUUGUAGUGGCCGUCACCUGCCUGAUCGGGAUGGAACUGAUCCAGAAGAAGGCAGGCUUGCACCAUCCCUAUGUGCCCAUCAUUUUGGUUGGCAUAUUUGCCUAUUUGGUGGCACAUUGCUUUAUGACCGUUUACGAGAUGACGGUGGACACAAUUUUUCUGUGCUUUUGUGAAGACUGUGAAACUAACGACGGCAUCAGCAAACCGUACUACAUGUCCCGAGGACUGAUGGAAUUUGUACAGAACUCGAAGAAAGCAUUGGCGAUACAUGACAAUCGAAUCGCCAGCUCGCUGCGAGAGGGUAAGGCGUGGACUGACGAAGCGACCAAGCAAAAGCAGACUAAAACUAUUUCGGAAACCGUAGACUGA